CUGCCUGAUAAUAUUUACUACGACAGACUGCGUGACUGGCGUGUAAAUCGCCUCACCUAUGCGCCGAGGCACUUUCAUGUUCACUUCCCAACGCGACUCUACCGUGUAGUGGUCUGCUGGCUAAAUAUACACUGUGCCUGCUUAACUGUGUCGCAGCGAGAGAGCGUCCCUGUAUGUCAUUAUUUAUAUAUCCCGUAGAACACCUGACCACCCAGACCAUCCAUGGCAACUGGACAUGGUGAAGGAUAUGAACUAUCUGAUUUUUUGAAAGCCAAAUAUGAGCAUGUUUUUGUUGUGUUGUUUGAUGCGACACACGACAAAGUAGUCUCCAGAACGGAUUUUGUCAAUUUACUAAGGAAAGUUGCAGACAUCCAUGACAGUGAAGUCUCCGACCCCAGUUACAAGAUUUUACAGGAGAGGAUAGCGUCCAUCAUGGCAGGCUUGAUGAAAGGCAACAGAGCGCACAAGUCUAGCAGACCGCUCGAAAUGCACAUGAACCUUGAAGAAUGGUUAACACACUGGUCAGAAUUUGUGGCGGCGGCCCAGUCUAGAGCCGGGUGGCCGGACACGUCACUGGACGGGAAGGUGGACUAUAGCUGGCAGAAAGACCUCAUGGACUUCCUGUUUGAUGUCAUAGAUUUAAACGGUGAUGGAGUGAUCGAUCUGGCAGAGUUCACUGAGUGCUUUGCUGAGUUUGAUAUUAACGACUGGCUAUGUGAGACGGCGUUUAAAAAAAUGACAGAGGGUACCAAAGAUGUUCUGGACAGGACACGAUUUGAGCAGCUCUGGUUUCAAUACCUGACCAGUGACAGUCACGAUGACCCUGGGACGUUCCUUAUUCCAGGGAGGUUCUGAACAUUUGGCGGAGACAGUGGGAUGGUUAACAACUUCUUUGUUAAAACUGUGGGGUUGGUUUUCAAAGAAUGGACUGAACUGAACAUGGAGACAACUUUUAGUCUUCAAGAAAUUGGUACAAAUGAGGAAGGAUUCCUGUUGAACAACUGGUUUUUCCUGAUCUUAAAGAGAUGUUCAGACAGGCAACUGGCUGGCAAUAGAUUACGUCAGGGGCAUGCCUGGAUCAGAAUUAACCCCCCUGAAUUCAUGGGUUACUCUAGGGACCAUUCCCAGACCCUAUUGUUCUAAUUGUGGAUUGAUCUAUAUCCGAGGGGAUGCUUGCUAAAUUAUAGUCAACAUAACCAGCUUAGAUGUCUGUCACACCUACUGAAGCUGC